AUGUUCCAGGUAUGCUGGACCGGAGUCCUGGCCAGGACAUGUCUGAUUGUCCUGCUUUUGUGGGACCCUAACUAUGCCACCGCAGACUCAGACGAAGAAAUAGAAAGUGAGUGGACACUGUGGAAGCAUAGCAAUGGUGUGGCAUAUGAUGAAGACAUGGAUGACUUUGAAAGAAAGGGGAUUUGGGAGGGCCACUUGAGGGUCAUCAAAAGCAACAAUAUGAACUACCUCCAAGGGUCCAAAGGGUUCACCAUGGCAAUGAACAAAUAUGGAGACCUGACAGAUAAAGAGUACAAACGACUGCAGGGAGCCUUUAUUACUGGCCAAGCUGCGAAAAGAGGGAAGGAUGUGUCUCCCCGUAAGCUCAGAGCUGGGGCCAAGCGUCUAGGACUGGCCACUGUGGAUUACAGAACUAUGGGUUAUGUCACUGAAGUCAAGGACCAGGGCUUUUGUGGCUCUUGCUGGGCAUUCAGUACUACGGGGGCUGUUGAGGGACAAAUGUUUAAGAAGACUGGCAAACUGGUGUCUCUGAGUGAACAAAACCUGGUGGACUGCUCCAAGUCGUUUGGGACCCAUGGCUGUAGUGGUGCCUGGAUGGCCAAUGCCUAUGAUUAUGUGGUGAAAAAUGGUCUGCAAUCAUCUGACUCGUACCCCUACACAUCAGCGGAUACCCAGCCUUGUUUCUAUGACAACGCCCAGGCAGUGGCCAAGAUCAGUGAUUACAGGUUCAUACCAGCUGGAGAUGAACAGGCCUUGGCUGAUGCUGUAGCAACCAUUGGGCCAAUCACAGUUGCCAUUGAUGCUGACCACACCAGUUUCCUGUUCUACAGUUCAGGUAUCUAUGAGGAGCCUCUCUGCAGCCCUAACAGCCUCAGCCAUGCAGUGGUGCUGGUGGGCUAUGGCUCAGAGGGAGGAAAGGACUACUGGAUCAUUAAAAACAGCUGGGGCUCAGGAUGGGGAGAGGGAGGAUACAUGCGGCUUCUCCGAAAUGGAAGCAACACCUGUGGGAUUGCCAGCUACGCCCUCUAUCCAAUCAUGUAAAAUCUGAUUACUCAAAAUUUCGGCAAUUUUUUUUUGUUAUUACUUAAUUCCAAAAAAUCAAAAAGAUUUUCCAUUUCUUCAGCAAAAGAGGCAAUUAUUGUUGCAUAUAGCUGUCUGUGUUUUCAAUGUAGUUGUGUUCUUAGCAGUAUAAUGUUUACUGAGGGAAGGUCAUAACUCGGAGCAACACAGCAAGGAUACAUCUGUGCAUCUGUGUGCUGAAUCAACAAACAGGGCCAGUUUAUGAUGAGAUGCACUGU